GUGAUCUUUCCAGUGUUCAUUAGGACAUACUCCUCAUAGCACAAAACAUCUUUGUAAAGAAUGAAGGGCUAUCUUCUUCUCCUUGCUCUUUUCAGCAUCUGCAAUGCACAGUCCCGACUAGGUAAGAGAAAGAAUAUGUCAAAGAGUAUUUUUACCCUCUCCAAAGAAAAAAAAAAAAAAAAGACUUACUUUUCCUGUUUAACUCAAACCUUUAGAAGUAGGCAGUUCAUUAAUGCUUGAGUAAGAUACUCUUAGUAAUGCAAUAGUCAACUAACUUUCCACAGUAUAGCAAAAGAUAGUGUGUGAAACAAACAGGCGCUUAGAAAAUAUUUUAAAAUGUAAGAUCGUUACAGCGGCUACAACACUUAUAAGUGGAUCUUUCCAAUUAACCACUAGUUCAAUAUGUUAAAAGUAGGGAGCUUAGAAGGAAGGUUAACAAAAGUACCGACCACCUAAAAAUCCCAAAAGUGGAGCGCUAGAAAUAAUAAUGUAUACUUACCCCUAGGGGUAUUUCUUAAUACAACUCAGCACAUAUAUAAAAAACAGAAAUGGGGAGGGAAAAAAGAGAAAUAGUCCAAUGAUGAAAUAUGUUUGGUUAGGAAUCUAGUUAAUGAAAGCAAUAAUAUCAUCAACUCACAAAUGUAGAGCCAAAGAAUAGACUGUCUCGAGUCGUUCUUGCUCUGGUGUGUUUUAGGAGACACCCCUCUUCUUUCAGGUUCCUUCUUUGUUUCUUAGCAAAAAAACAUAUAAGAGACAUGAAAAAAUUCCUUUCUAGUGUAGUAUUUUACCAAUAUAAUUCAAUGUUCAAAUGUAUAUAAAUAACAGAUGGUAGAAGUGCUCACCUUAUUCAGAGCCAAUAAGGUAGACCUGGCUCUGAUAAUAUCACCUUAACCCACUCAGGGGGGGGUUAGCCUUCUUUAAAAUGUAGGCAGCAGCGGACACUGGACUAAAAUUAUAAUCAUCAAAUAAUUCAUUUUUUACUUAAAAAAUAUAUAUAAAAAACUGUACAAAAAUACAUAAACAAUAAAAUAAUUAAAUAAUUCAAACUCCUGUCCUAGAUUAAAGUCAUCGAGACGCGUUUUGCCACAAGUGGGCUUUUUCAAUCAAAGUAAUCCUUUCACUGCCGCCAUUCUUCUUUUAAACCUUAAUCUCCUUCCUGAUUCGUCCCCUGACGUUGUCUUUAGCCAAUCCGAUAUCCGGAAGCCGUGGGUGUUUCUCUCUCAGCUGUUUCUAUUUUCCAUAUUGGUUUACCCGGAAGUGACGUAACGUCGACGUCACUUCCGGUUUGUAUUCCGCCAUCUUUAUGACUGGCAACCGCUCUGUUAUUGCCAGUAGUUUUGUCCAUAUAAAAAAGAACUCAUAGGAAGGCAGUAAUAUAGAAAAAGAACAAAGAUACAUAUUAGAAUACAUUUUAAGUCCCCAUCUGGUUAUAAUCUGUUUAGUUAAAGGUAACUUAGUCUUAAAUUACAGUAGAAAAGUGUAUAUACCAGAUUUUUAUCUAUAAUAAAAAUCAUCCUAAAAUAGAGGAAGGAGACAUCAAUAAAUGUGUAGAUUCCAAUAUAGGCUACAGUAUAAUAGAAAAUCAUAGAAAAGUACAUAUAUAUAUCAAAAGUUAUACAUAUAGUGGAAACCCUACUGUCACACAGCAACAUCAUAAAUUGGGGGAGGAAAGCAUCAAUAAAUAUAUAAACAUAAAAUAUAUAUAUACAUAUAUAUUAAUGAUAAUGAUAGUUAAACUAUGUGUUAUAGAAAAUGACACAAUUCGAAAUCAGCAUUGAGUCCAAAUGGAGUAAGGGAGUUAAGGUUAAAAAUCCACCUCAUCUCAGCCUUCCCCAUUGCUGUUAUUAGGUCCUCCCCCCUCCAGUUAGUUAUAACUUGUUGUAUCCCCAAAAAGGAAAGUUGGGUCCGAUCCAUUUCAUGUUUAAUCUUAAAGUGGUAUGAGAGGCUAUGUUUUUCAAAUCCUCGCUUUAUAUUCCUAACAUGCUCUUGGAUCCUCACAUGUAGUGCUCGUGCCGUUCGUCCUACAUAUAAUAGUUCACAUGUACAAAUAAUAAUAUAUAUUACUCUUUUGGAAUAACACGUUAUUAGUUGUUUAAUUUCAAAUCUCUCUUUAUCUUUUUUUGGAUGUGGAAACUCUUCAAUAUGCCUUUUCUUAUUAUUUGUAUUGGAGCAUGCCCCACAGUUACCACAGCCAUAAAAACCACCCUCUUCAUUAAAUGAGGCUCUUUUCUUUUGUAGAUGGCUGUGAACUAACUUACUCCUAAGGUUGGAUACUCCUCUAUAAAUAAUAUUAGGUUUAUCAGGGAGUAUAGAGUUUAAAAUCGGAUCUUUAGUUAGUAUCAGCCAAUAUUUAUUAAAAGCUCUUUUAACUUCCUUAUGUUUACAAUUGAAAUCACAAACAAAUGGUAUUUGGUCUAUACGGUUUUCCUUUCUUCCAACUUUCGGAAUAAAAAGAUCAUCCCUAUCUUUUAAAAGGGCUUCCUCCAGUGCUUUAUUUAACAGUGCUUUAUCAUACCCCUUUUCGCUAAAAUCCUUUAAAAUUUUCUUAGAUUGCUGAUUAAAAUCCCCUUCUUCCGUGCAAUUACGUUUAAUUCUUAAUAAUUGAGAUUUUGGUACAUUCCUUAGCCAUGGGGAAAAGUGACAGCUUCCUUCUUAUACAUAGCUGUUUACAUCAACUGGUUUAAAAUAUGUUCUAGUCUUAAUUUUUCCCUCCUCCACAUAAAUAUUUAGAUCUAAAAAAUUUACCUCUGUUUUACUGAAAUCGCUUGUCAGUUGAAUUCCCCAAUCAUUAAAGUUUAAAAACUUUGUCACUUCCGGGUAAACCAAUACGGAAAAUAGAAACAGCUGAGAGAGAAACACCCACGGCUUCCGGAUAUCGGAUUGGCUAAAGACAACGUCAAGGGAUGAAUCAGGAAGGAGAUUAAGGUUUAAAAGAAGAAUGGCGGCAGUGAAAGGAUUACUUCGAUUGAAAAAGCCCACUUGUGGCGAAACGCGUCUCGAGGACUUUAAUCAAGGACAGGACUUUGACUUUGAAUUAUUUUAUUGUUUAUGUAUUUUUGCACAGUUUUUAUAUAUAUAUAUUUUUUGAGUAAUAAAUUAAUUAUUUGAUGAUUAUAAUUUUAGUCCAGUGUCCGCUGCUGCUUACAUUUUAAAGAAAGCUAAUCCCCCUGAGUGGGUUAAGGUGAUAUUAUCAGAGCCAGGUCCCCCAUCCCCUGUCCCAUAGUGUUCUUUCCCUCCUCCCCUGUUCCAUAGUGUUCUUUCCAAACUCCCCUGUCCCAUAGUUUUCUUUUCUCCCCCCAAUCCCUGUCCCAUAGUGUUCUUUUCUCCCCCCUCCCCUGUCCCAUAGUGUUCUUUCCCCCUACCCUAUACCAUCGUGUUCUUUCUCCCCCUCCCCUAUCCCAUAGUGUUCUUUCUCCCCCUCCCCUAUCCCAUAGUGUUCUUUCCCCCUUCCCUAUACCAUAGUGUUCUUUCCCCCCCCCCCGUCCCAAGUGCAGUAUUCUUGACUUUUCAUGUUAUCAUUACUAUUUUUCAUUGUGAUAUAUAAUCAUAUGAAUUGUCAAUGCAAGCAUGUCUGUUAAACUAUGCACUACAAAAAUAAAAUAUAUAUUUUUUAAAUUCUGCAAAUUUGACCGUCCGAAAUGGUAUAGUGAUGAAAUACAAUAACACAAUAAUCACAACUUCAGUCAUUAGAAUAAAGUGAUUGUACCCUAUGAUAACAAUAUAAGCAAGAAAUAAACCAAGGCAUUUGAUGUAUGUCUUAAUGUAUUUCAAGAAAAAAUUAAAAACAUGUUAAUAAUGUCUUCCGUACAGGCUCAUACAAUAUUGACAGCACCAUAUCGGUGUCUGGUAUUUCCUCCGGAGCAUACAUGGCAAACCAAUUCCAUGUUGCACAAUCCAAGAAAGUUAUUGGAGCUGCCUUGUUUGCUGGAGGUAUUAAUAAUUAAAUGCACAUGUAACUGUUAUUUAUUCUAAGUGGAUUAUAGUAUAUUAUGCCAGAGUAUUACACUUGAAUUUAUGUCAAAUUAUUUUGUUGUUUGAAGCAUUUAAAAAGUAAAUGCUUCUGGGAAGUUUAUGUAUUUGUACUGCAAUUUGUUCUUUUUCUAAAGUGCAGCUUUGCAAAGUUAUUAUUGUGCACAUGAAAGGACUUUUGACUUUACUGACACAUCUAAACAGAAAUAUCAGAAUAUUAAAAAGCUUACCAUGACACCUUUUUUUGUAUGCCUUCGCUAUAUGUAACACUCAAGUUACAUACAGUGAUUUCUGAGAAAUAGUACAAGACUUAAAAUUCAUCUGAAUUACGCUGUUAUGGCUCCACUUCCAAUAGAUGGUGAGGCACCUUACCUUAAUAAGCCAAACCAUUUAUGAACAGUUUGUGAAGACAGUACCCAUAAGUGCGUCCUCUUGGCUUACUCAUUGAUUGAUGAUGCCUAGAGUGUUCCUUUAAAGAGGCACUAUAGUAGCCAGAACAACUACAGCUUAAUGUAGUUGUUCUGGUGAGUACAGUCAGUCCCUGCAGGCAUUUUAAUGUGUAAAAUUAAACAUAUCUCCUAAGGGAAACCUCCAGGGGCAGUCACUCAGACUGCCACUAGAGAUGCUUACUGGGUCAAUACUGCAGAAAGUGCAGCACUGACAUUCAUCGUCUCCGUGCUGAACUUUCCCGGUAGAGAUGCAUUGAUUCAACGCAUUUCUAUGAGGAGAUGCUAAUUGGCCAGCGCAGCAUUUGGCUCUGUCCAUCUCCUCCUUGGCUGAGAUCAGCAACAUUGAUUAUUAGCCAAUUCAAUGCUUUCUUAAAUGCUAUGGGGAAGCAUUGGAUUGGCUGAAAUCAUUAGUUCUGAUUAUCUCAGCCAAGGAGCGGAUUGGGUGUGCGACCAGCGCCGGCAGACUGACACAGCUUAGAAUAAAGGUAAAUUUUUAUCCUAUUAAGGGAGGACUGCCACCUAAAUAGUGUUUUUAACAUUAUAGGGUUUGGAAUACACGUUUGUGUUCCUGAUCCUAUGGUGUUCUUUUAAGCAUGUUUGAAUCUUACUUACUAAUAAUAGUACAAGAUUACGAUGUCCAAAUGAUAUACACGGUUUAAUUUGUUCUACUUUGUUGCAGGACCAUAUUACUGUGCAUCUGGAAGCAUGUUGACAGCAACAAAUGCAUGCAUGAAAUUACCUUCAAGCAUCAAUGUUAACUCUCUUAAGUCACAAACCCAGAGUUAUGCCAACAGUGGCCUGAUUGAUCCUGUAUCAAACCUUGCAAAUUCUAAGGUGUUCAUCUUUUCAGGCAGUAGAGAUACAGUUGUAGUUCCAGGUAAGUAACAAAUAUUUAUAAAUAAUUAUUUUCAGAAAUGUUUUAGGGAUUAACAAAUGCACUGGAUUACAUGUAAGUAAUGUUUUUUCUUUCAUUUUUACAGGAACGAAGGUUGGGGAGGGCACACCAAAAUAUAAAUAAACAAGUGAACACUUCACAAAUAACUUAUGAAUUUAUUUCUAAUGUUGCAGUGUUCUUUUUAAUAAUACAAUAAAUUAUUUACAUGAAGCUUUUCACAAAUAUAAUCAGACACUGGUGAUAGACAAACACAACAUUUGAGCAGCGUAUCGUCAAUAUAUAAGUGACUAAAUAGGAAGAUAAUGUUAUCAUUUCCAUCCUUCCCCUAGGGGUAGUGAAAAAACUGGAGGAAUAUUACUUAUCCUAUGUGAACUCUGGAAACAUUCGGGCCGUGUAUGAUAUCCCAGUUGAGCAUGGAAUGGUGAGUGCAGGUUAACAGGGAAAAUUACUGUAAUAAAGAGAGAAAUUUUAAAAUAGCUCUGGACAUUGGUGAUCAGACCUCCCCUUAAUCCAGAAACUUCAGAAGAAAUCUACAUAAAAAACCCUUGUAGAAUUUCCUCAAGUUAAAUAGUUAAGUCACAGCUUUUUUAAAAAAAAAUACUCUUUCACACUUAACAAGAAAGAGCCCAGAACAUUUUAAUUACACAUUGCUUUACUUAAAUGUCUACCAAAUGUCUAAUUUGCUGAAGUAAUAAAAAUAAAACUUUUACUCUGCAAAUGGUUUAACCCCUUAAGGACCAAACUUCUGGAAUAAAAGGGAAUCAUGAUGACAUGUCACACGUCAUGUGUCCUUAAGCGGUUAAGUCGCGUAGCAAAGAGAAACAAUAUAUACAUUUUUUGGUGCUUUUAUAAAGUAUAUCCAAGAGCAAACCGUUCUUCACAUCUUUGGUCACUUCAUUAGCAACUUUCGUCUAACUCCAGUUCAAUCCAUUUAGUAGUAGGCUUUGACUGGCCAUCGUUCAAAAACAUCUAAAUUACUCUAGCAACAUUGAAACGGAGAGUGUUUCAUCUUAAGUUAAGUACUGUUUUAAUGUGCUGAACUUUUAUUAUGUGUUUCAGCCCACUGAUAGCUAUGGAGGUACAUGUGGAUCAACCAAUAGCGAAUAUAUCAACAAUUGUGGCUACAAUGGGGCUUAUGAGGCUCUGAAUCAGAUCUAUGGAGGACUUAGAGUAAGGAUAACAUUACAGAAUCAAUACAUUAUACAGAGAAAUGAAAAUCAAUAAAAUACAUGUCUUAUACUAUUGUUAUUUUAUUAUUUUUAGAAGCCAAGUAGUUCUGCUGGACUAACUGGACAGGUAUGGAAACCUAUGAUAAUAACAGGAAGAGGUGUAGGUGGGGGUCUGUUUAUUUAUUAUUUAUGUCUUUUGUAAAGAAACCCACAAUGUAUACUGUAACAGAAUGUGUUAAACGUACAGCAUAUUACUUAUAAUUUAGAGAAGGAUUUUUAUUGCAUGCGUUCACAUUCCCAGGAUGAAUUUCGUUAGACGCUCAAUCACUUUUUUUCAGGUUUUUAGUUCUAGCCCCUUUUUCUAUGUUUCAUAAGCAAUAAAUAUUAACUUUUUUGUUAAUGACCAUUUUCUGUGGGUGUUUGCUUUCUCUGGAUUUUUCUCUUUGGGAAAACUGACAGGACCUGUGUGAUUUUCUGACCAGGAAGUGGAAUUUUUCAUGCACCCAUUAGCAAAAUGCAAUACCUGUUCUAAAAAGAUACUAUUAUCGUAACUAAAACCAUUCCAGUGCUGUGUCAUUUACUGAGGUUUCACAGCAUAUUGCAGAACUUUUAGGGUCUCACCAAGAGUUUGGACACUAUAGUCACCUGAACAACUUUAGCUUAAUGAAGCAGUUUUGGUGUAUAGAACAUGCCCCUGCAGCCUCACUGCUCAAUCCUCUGCCAUUUAGGAGUUAAAUCCCUUUGUUUAUGAACCCUUGUCACACCUCCCUGCCUGUGACUUGCACAGCCUUUCCUAAACACUUCCUGUAAAGAGAGCCCUAUUUAGGCUUUCUUUAUUGCAAGUUCUGUUUAAUUAAGAUUUUCUUAUCCCCUGCUAUGGCAAGAGCCUCCUGUAUGUGAUUAAAGUUCAAUUUAAAGAUUGAGAUACAAUUAUUUAAGGUAAAUUACAUCUGUUUGAAAGUGAAACCAGUUUUUUUUUCAUGCAGGCUCUGUCAAUCAUAGCCAGGGGAGGUGUGGCUAGGGCUGCAUAAACAGAAACAAAGUGAUUUAACUCCUAAAUGACAGUGAAUUGAGCAGUGAAAUUGCAGGGGAAUGAUCUAUACACUAAAACUGCUUUAUUUAGCUAAAGUAAUUUAGGUGACUAUAGUGUUCCUUUAAGAGUUCAUCAAAAGCUGAUCUGAGCAUUGCUUGACAAUGUUCUUAUACAAAACUAACAUACUUAUUUCAUGUCUACAGUUGAUCCUGUACGAUCAGUCGGAAUAUUUUAAAUUGGCUUCUGCAGGGACUUAUGGGAUGGAUACAGCUGGAUAUGUGUACAUUCCUUCCUCCUGCCAGAGUGGCACAAGUAAGUACAAACUUAAUUGUAUUAAAACAUUUUUAGGAAAUGUGUCCCCACCCCUUCUUGCCAUAGUUGCCCACUUGAAGAUAUUUUAUUAAUUAUUACUGUAUGCCGAUCUUUUUCUACUUAAUAAAAUUUUGGAAGCUCUCAGAAUAGUCACUAAACUGUGAAUUGGGAAUUCACCAUGGAAUUUCAAAUUGUAUGCUGAACUACCAAGCUGUAAACAAUUCUCCAAGUCAACUACGUUUGAAGCCCAGCUAUUUUGACAACAAAUUUAAAGUUCCAUAGUGAAUUUCUGACAGUUCGCAGUUUACUAAUUAAGAAACCCUGCUAGUUAUUAUUUCCCCAAAAUAAAUGCAGAAACAAUUACUAAUUAGCAAUUACAAACUCAGUUAUUGUCUCUGUUCUAUGUUUUAGUACAUGUGAUCCUACCAAAAUGAUGUUACUAUACAUAUUUGAAUAUGUUAGUGUCUUAAAGUUUUUAGGUAAUAUGCUGACAUAAAGCUGUUUUAGUCUAAAGUUUAUAUUUUUUUAGGAUGCAGACUACACAUUGCUUUCCAUGGCUGCCUUCAGGGAAGGUAAGAUCUUUAAAAUAUUUUGAAUGUUAUGGACAUUUAUUAAUUUUAAAACUGUCCCAUAAAAAUAAGGUCUUGGCCCCAAAGCUGGAAAACCAGCUGGUAUUUUUACCCCCACUGAUAGGAUCCUGUGGCUAAGGGGAUUUACCCAGCAGCUACUAUAAUAGGAUACUAUAUAAUAGGAUACUGAUUAUUGAUGGAUUACUCAAUUGUCAUUCUCCCAUUAAAUAUUAUUCUACUGUUUUAUUAAAUGCAUUUUACUUAAAAAAAAUUCAAUAAUGAUUCUAAAUAUAUGAUAUUUAGUAGUUACUAAAUUUAGUCAUUCUGAAUAUAUUAUUAAUGUACUCACAAAAGAAUGCAAAAGAUUUAAAAUGUAUUUUAUGCUAAGCCUUUGGAAAUUCAAAAAUAUAAGAUAUGGUUUUCAUAAUUCUGCAUUAAGUAUAAAGUAUAAUAUUUUGGGAGGGCGGAGCCAGCACCCGAGCGAGAAGGACGCAAAUCACAGUAGCUCCGUCAAGGAACUUACAUUAAAGCCGAAUUUUGGCGAUAAACGGCACAUCUCACAAGCCACCCAACGCUCACUAAGUGCCUCACGUUAUGGGCAAGAAGACUAAGAAGCACAAAACCGAUCCCGGCCCUAGAUCCGGAGACAUUGCAGCUUUUCUAUGCUCGGCCACGCGGCCGCGGUCCGACCUCGACAAGAUGGCGAUGGCUGAGGCCUACACCUCCCCGUCAUCGGACGAAGAGAGCCAGACAGCAGUCUACUUACCUCCACAGAAGGCACACACCAAGCCGAAGACACCCUUGGAGAUGGGGGACUCGGCCCCCGCCACUAAAGCCGAUAUAAAGGCACUAACAAAAGAUAUACAGGCAAUGUUUCAGGCCGACAUGGCGCUGGUCAGGGAGGAAGUCUCGAUGCUCACAAGCCGGAUGGUGACCGUGGAGGAGAGCCUCAGAGGAGCGGGGGUUGCACAAUCUGCCACAGACGCAACCCUGGGGUCUCUACAGAAACAAUGUAGUGCCCUGACUACACAGCUAGCCCAGAUGGAAGACAGGGCAAAGGCAAGGAAUGUGAGGAUCCGAGGGGUCCCUGAGUCGGUCACCGGUCCCGACUUACCCCAUUAUUGCAGACGGCUGUUGGCCACACUACUGCUGCCCAAACAAGUGAAACAGAUGGGAGUGGACUCAUGUUUUCGACUCCCAAAAGCCACCAAAGCACCUCAGGGGGCCCCGAGAGACGUGCUUGUCAAAUUCAAUCGGGACUCUGACCGGGGGGCUCUCAUGGGAGCCACCAGGGCCUCCCCCACGGUCCCCUUUGAGGGAGCACAGCUGACUUUUUACAGAGACAUAUCUAGGCACACGUUGGCAUGGAGGAGAUCUAUUGGACAGCUUACUCAGCAGCUUUGUGAGAAAUCCAUUACGUACAAGUGGGGGCAACACCGGCUAUUGGUGGAGAGAGAAGGCAAGACGCACAUCCUCACACAUAAAUCAGAAGCACCAGCUUUCCUUCGAGCCCUGGGCCUACCAGCCGAGGCAGCCCCGGCGGUCACCAGCCCUACAUGGACUAUCGCAAACAUCACCCCAUUUGUGCCUGGGGGAACAAGAAUGAGCACGCCCGAUUCUCCUGCCUGAAACAUGACAUAUUCUGUUUAUAUUGUUACUUAUGGUUUUAUGUUUAUUAUUGUACCUUGUUUUGCUUAGAAAGGUUCAUCUAACACUGGAAGGCAUAAAAGUAUGAAUAUACCUAUGUCCCUUACACCUGGCUCCGUAGGCAACAAGCCAGCCACUAUGACCAGCUAAGCUUCCCCCCCCCCACCACCACUCAUCCUAUUUUCACAUGCGAUGCCAGUCUCAAGCAUACAAGCGACCGCAUAGCACGUGUACCAGCCAACCUGGCCGAUAAGAUUUAUUAGGGGCUAAUUACCAGGAGAGGCCUAGGUUCUUACCCAACAGUGAGAAGGAGUAUACUAUCCAACACUCACGCACCCUAAGUGACGUGAAUCCCAGGCAUAGCUGUACCAGUCCACACCGAGGGCGCACACGUUAACGACAGGCUACCUCCAGUCAAUAAUCAGCCUAACCGAAUGUCCAGUUAUGAGGAAUUUUUGUCAGUAUUUUACAAAAAAUUGGAAAAUAUAAGCAUGUGCUGAUGUUUUUACUGCAAACUGUAACCUCUGUUGACAACCUUUAUUGCACAUAAUGUAAACAUGAUGUUUUUAUGGCUUCCUGCAAAAAUAAAGAAUUAAAAAAAAUAAAAAAAAAUAAAAAGUAUAAUAUUUUGUAGAGUAAGCAAUACCACACCUUUAAAGUGUAAUGUUAUCUGCAUAUUUUGUUCUGAAAGUUGUAAAACAGGAUGGGGAAAUUUACAUAGUGCAUAGUACAUAUACUUCAUAAUUGUAAUUUGCAGCGAAAAUAAUGUUCAUUAAUAAUAUUAUUAGGGAUAUUUUUUAUUUCAAAAGGUGAGAUUGGAGACAUGGUCAUGAUGAAGUUAUUUUAGUUUUGGGUGAUUUUACACUUUUCUAAUAAGUUUGUUUUUUAACUGAAAAGAUCAUUUAGAAAAGGACUGAGGUGUUUUAUUUAAACUAACGACUAUCUAAUGAUAUUUGUAGACUUCGGGAUCGAGAGGAUCAUACAUUACCCUAACCACUAUUCUCACAAGUGUAUUACCCCGCUAUUUCUCUGUGAUGAACCACUUCUCAUUCUUCUACCAGUUAUAACUUUUCCAUAUGACAUUCUUUUUUUAACUGGUCUCAACACAAUGGUCUCAUACAGGGCAGGCCUCCUUUUCUGAUGGAACACUUCACCUACCAUCAAGUCUCAGAUUAUUUGCUGUCAGAGGCGUGCACAGCCUAUUGCAUUAGGGUGUGCACCCUAAAGCACAAACACACGCCGCGUGUGUGUGUGUGCUGUUAGUGUGAUGUGUGUGUGAGGGUGAUGUUAGUGUGAUGUGAGGGUGUUUCUGUGUGUGUGUGUGUUUGUGACUGUGCUGUUUGUGUGUGAGGGUGUUUGUGUGUGUAUGUUUGUCCUGUGAGGGUGCUGUUUGUGUGAGUGUCGUGUAUUUGUGAGGGUGCUGUUUGUGUGUGUGUGUGUGUGUUUGUGAGGGUGCUGUUAGUGUGCUGUGUGUGAGGGUGUUGUGUUUUUUUUAAAGGUGCUGUGUGUGUUUGUGAGGGUGCGGUUAGUGUACUGUGUGUGUGUGAGCUGUAUGUGUGUAGAUGCUGUAUGUGUGUGUGCUGUAUGUUUGGAGGGAUUUGGCAGAUUAGUAAAUCCUUGCUGCCAUGUGCCAUCCCUGGUGGUCCAGUGGAGAGUGAACUCUAGCCUGCAGGUGUAUGUAUGUGUGUGUAACGCAGUAACGCUCAGAUAUCGCGAGAGGAACCUGGCGGAGCUUCUGUCUAGAGCUUCCUGGGUCCUCUCCUGCCUCCCUCCAUGCUGCUGUGGGCCGGUGAGGUAGAUCUUUGGUCUCCCCGCCGGCCCAUGGAGGCUAAGAGCAGAGCCGGCACUCAGAUAGCGCCGGCUCUGCGCGCGCGUGUGUGUGUGUGUGUGUAUAUAUAUAUGCGUACACACACACACUCACAGACACAUUCAGACACACACACAUACAUACACUCACAGACACACAGGCACACACACACACACACAUACUCACUGACACACUCACACACACAUAUACAUACAUACACUCACAGACACACACACACAUUCACAGACACACAGAUUCACAGACACACACACUCACACACUCAGACACACACACAAACAGACACAGACACACACAAGAACAAAUUAUUAUAUUUUAAAUUUAAAAAAAUGUCCACCCAGCCUCCUACCUGAAGUGCUGGCAUGGACUUUUCCCUGGGGUCCAGUGGGGUGGGCGCCUUUCUGCAGCUCAGCCGCGGCAAGGGAGCUCUCUGCUGUCUGUGCCCUGCUUCCUCUCGCCGCGCGGGCUGUCUGCUGGAGCUGGGAGCCGGAAUAUGACGUCAUAUUCCGGCUCCCGGCAUCAGCGCGCGGUGAGAGGAAGCAGAGCGCAGACAGCAGAGAGCUCCCUCGCCGCGGCUGAGCUGCAGAAAGGGGGGGGAUCAAUCACCUCUUGCCCCCCCUCCCCAUGACAGGGGCAAGAGGUGAAAGAGGGGGCGCUGAGAGGUCUGCAGGAACAGCGUUCCUGCUCAAAAAAAGACUCAAACCAUAGGACUCAAACCAUAGGCGUGCCACGGGGAUUAGGGUGUGCCCAGGCACACCCGGCACACCCCGUGCGCACGCCUAUGUUUGCUGUAAUUUCCCAGAAAAUAUUCACUGCUUUUGAGCUAUUGGUUGGAGUUAAAUAUCCUUCUUUAAAUGUAUAUCUGUAUUGUUUCAAGUACUUGUUAUCACAUGUCAUCUUGGCCUUUUCAUGGAUAAGUAGGAAAUUAAGUUAGGAACAUUCUCAAAUAAAGCUCACUGAGAAAGAUCCAUGAAAUCCCUCUUUGAACUUAAUUUUAGUUAAAAAAAAAUAGUUUUUACAGAUAACAAUAAUAAUGCAUUGUGCUUCAUUGUAAUUACAUGGCAGAAUACCAGAGAUAAGGGAUACCUGUUGUAGAUGUAAAUCGGAUAUCGAAAUUAUAGUGCAUUGUACCUUAAAGAGAACACAUUCCCCUUUAAAUUGUAAGAUUGCAAGCAGGACUCACAAAACCUAUGAUACCAUUUGUUUUUAUCUGUGAUUGAGACUUUUACUAUUAAAGGAAGACUAUAGCAUUAGAGACACAAAUGUGUAUUCUUAACACUAUAGUGCCCUGGUGAUAAAAAAAACCAGGGCAGAAAAAAAGGGAGAAAAAAAGUUUAUAUUUAACCAACGUAACAAAUGCUCUAUAUCAAAGGAACAUGGGUCACUUGACUUUUUUUUUUUUUAAAACCAGCAACGAAACACUUUUAAACAUAUAUACAAACCAAAAUAAUGCAAGAAAAACAUUUAUAAACUUACAGUUGCAAGAAAAAGUAUGUGAACCCUUUGGAAUGAUAUGGAUUUCUGCACAAAUUGGUCAUAAAAUGUGAUCUGAUCAUCAUCUAAGUCACAACAAUAGACAAUCACAGUCUGCUUAAACUAAUAACACACAAAGAAUGAAAUGUUGCCAUGUUUUUAUUGAACACACCAUGUAAACAUUCACAGUGCAGGUGGAAAAAGUAUGUGAACCCCUAGACUAAUGACAUCUCCAAGAGCUAAUUGGAGUGAGAUGUCAGCCAACUGGAGUCCAAUCAAUGAGAUGAGAUUGGAGGUGUUGGUUACAGCUGCCCUGCCCUAUAAAAAACACACACCAGUUCUGGGUUUGCUUUUCACAAGAAGCAUUGCCUGAUGUGAAUGAUGCCUCGCACAAAAGAGCUCUCAGAAGACCUACGAUUAAGAAUUGUUGACUUUCAUAAAGCUGGAAAGGGUUAUAAAAGUAUCUCCAAAAGCCUUGCUGUUCACCAGUCCACGGUAAGACAAAUUGUCUAUAAAUGGAGAAAGUUCAGCACUGCUGCUACUCUCCCUAUGAGUGGCUGUCCUGUAAAGAUGACUGCAAGAGCACAGCACAGACUGCUUAGUGAGGUGAAGAAGAAUCCUAGAGUGUCAGCUAAAGACUUCCAAAAGUCACUGACAAAUGCUAACAUCCCUGUUAGCGAAUCUACAAUACGUAAAACACUAAACAAGAAUGGAUUUCAUGGGAGGAUACCACAGAGGAAGCCACUGCUGUCCAAACAAAACAUUGCUGCACGUUUACAGUUUGCACCUGGAUGUUCCACAGCAGUACUGGCAAAAUAUUCCGUGGACAGAUGAAACCAAAGUUGAGUUGUUUGGAAGAAACACACAACACUAUGUGUGGCGAAAAAAGGCACAGCACAUCAACAUCAAAACCUCAUCCCAACUGUGAAGUAUGGUGGUGGGGCAUCAUGGUUUGGCACUGCUUUGCUGCGUCAGGUCCUGGACGGAUUGCUAUCAUCGAAGGAAAAAUGAAUUCCCAAGUUUAUCAAGAUAUUUUGCAGGAUAACUUAAGGCCAUCUGUCUACCAGCUGAAGUUCAACAGAAGAUGGGUGUUGCAACAGGACAAUGACCUAAAGCAUAGAAGUAACUCAACAACAGAAUGGCUUAAACAGAAGAAAAUACGCCUUCUGAAGUGGCCCAGUCAGAGUCCUGACCUCAACCCGAUUGAGAUGCUGUGGCAUGACCUCAAGAAAGAGAUUCAUACCAGACAUCCCAAGAAUAUUGCUGAACUGAAACAGUUCUGUAAAGAGGAAUGGUCAAGAAUUACUCCUGACCGUUGUGCACGUCUGAUCUGCAACUACAGGAAACGUUUGGUUGAAGUUAUUGCUGCCAAAGGAGGUACAACCAGUUAUUAAAUCCAAGGGUUCACAUACUUUUUCCACCUGCACUAUGAAUGUUUACAUGGUGUGUUUAAUAAAAACAUGGCAACAUUUCAUUAUUUGUGUGUUAUUAGUUUAAGCAGACUGUGAUUGUCUAUUGUUGUGACUUAGAUGAUGAUCAGAUCACAUUUUAUGACCAAUUUGUGCAGAAAUCCAUAUCAUUCCAAAGGGUUCACAUACUUUUUCUUGUAACUGUAAUAUAAACUUGGUCAGAUUGCAUUGGUGGGAACACCUGUUAGCUUCUGGCGUUUCUUUAGACCCCCUCCUUACCCACCCACUAUUUCAGUCCAGACCAGUCCACUAAUGACAGAUACAGGAUAUCAUUAUGUAGCAGGCUCGUCAUACUGAGCCCCUGCACUGACUAACACAGCAGGGAGAGAGAAACCUAAUACUAGAACAUGUUCUGCAUUAUCACCUUGAUCAGACUCACUCUCUUCUCCUCCUGUCAGAAUGUUGUAAGGUAAAGGAAUCUUCCAACUGCACAUGUGUGACAGACAUACCUAAUGCACUUUUCCAGCAUUCCUAGGAAUAGGACACUGAUUGGUUAGAUCAGUGUCCCUCCUGGAGUGAGUGUGGAAAGCAUAAGAAAGAAAAAGCAGGUAAAUAUACAAAGAAAAUUAUUUUUUACCCUUUAUUUCAGUCUUCAGAGUAAGGCAACUUUCUCACUCAAAGUUAAAUAUUUUGAAUGGGAUAGAUGUCUCAAAGUGAUACAUGUCCUUUUAAUAAAUGAUAAAAAACAAAAAUUAUAUGGUGUACAUAACUAAGCCUUUUUUUACUUGUAAUGUACUGUUUAUUUCUUUUACAUACAGAGAGAAGCUUGGUGACCGUUAUGCCAGAAAUGCUGGUUACAAUCAGGUUGCAGAUUUGAAUAAUUUAAUUAUCCUGUAUCCACAAGCAAAAUCCAACUUUUCUAAUCCCAAUGGAUGCUGGGACUGGUAAAUACACUUAAAUAUGUAUAUUGCUGUCUAAUACAUUCCAUAUUUUAACUCACUAUUACCAACUUAUCAUACCUAAAAUAAUAAUAAACCCGAAAAUAACUGAUUUUACAAUAUCAGUUGUUCCCUGAUAUUUCUCUAUCUCAAAUACUAUUUCAUAUUAAGCUAUGAACACGCAGAACUUGGAUCAGGAUCUAUAGAAAGGAUAAAGUACAACACCGGUCCUUAAAAUAGCCUGGAUGAACGCAUGAUUGAGAGAAUAAUUAUAAACAGUAACAAGCCAGGGUCAGAGUAACAUAAGUAAUGAAAAUCGAAUAAAAUAGCCAAGGUCAGAAAUACAAAAAUACACAGAUCACUAGAUGUGCCAAGAUCAAUGCCAGGAAACCAAUAUGGAAACCACGACCAGGCAAUGAUUAUGGGGCUAAAAUUUUGUUUAAAUACUCCUGCGACCCUAAAAGUUGAUGUAAUGAGGUUGCAGGUAUGACGUGGAGCUACUAUAGCAGGAAAUGAUGCAAUGUUUCUUUCUCUUAUCUUUGGGGUGACGCUGCACAGAUCAACUUUACUGUAGUGCUCAGAGAGCCCAGAUUUCUGCAUCUAUCAGAAACGUGCAGCUAUACUUUCCACACCAACUCCAGGAGUCAAGGCCUCCUGAUCACAGUGCGCAGUAUGCGUAGAGAGGCCAUAACUUGUGGGUCGAUCGGGUAGGUGCUGUGACAGAUUCUGGCUAAGACCGGCUGGAGACAAAAUAUACAUCUGAAACAAUGGGACAGUGAGGCAACUACUUGCUAAACAGCUUAUGUGGAAUAUAACUUCCAUCAACCUUAUCCAGUGUUUGGCUGGCACUGAUAAGAACUUUAGUACACAGUUUUUCAUAGUGGGUCACUAUUUUAAUGGACACAUAAGUAGCACUUAAACUCAUAUAUCUCCAAAGUAUGAUUUAUUUAUUUUUGAAUAUGGAUAUCAAUACAGUCACCCUUCGGUAUGAGCACUUUUGCCCAAGAGAUCUGUCCUUAAAGCUGAUCUAUGAGAAUCCUUUCAAUGAACAAUACCUUGCAGUAAGUAAGUGCUGGGCAAUAAGGGAUGGAUCUUCAUUAACUACAGAGGAAAGUUCUGCAGCUUAGCAAAUAUUUGUUCAAAUUGUAGUAAAUGCAUAUUCUUGCAGCAAUUAAUUAUAUGCAUAAAAAUUCAUAUUUUGGACAUUGAAUAUUCUCUGAUAUAUUACUAUAAGAAUGGUUAUAUGUCCAUAAUAAAUCACAGAUGAUUUGUCUAAUGGCACUUGAUGUAUGAGGCAAUGUAUUUCACAACCCAUAUUUACAAUAUUAUUUUCCUUCUCUCUAUUAGGUGGGGAUUCUCAAGUUAUGCAUACGGUAAGAGAUUAUUGUAGCCUUAAAUUGAUUACGCACAGAGCUUAGAACAAUUAUUGACAGUGAACGCACUCAGUUCAGUAUAUAGAUAAAUACAGUGGUGUGGAUUUCUACAUGAAAUUUUAUUUUCAAGACAUCACAAACACAUAUUUGGUAAAUAUAGGGAAUCAGUAAACAUAAUACUAAAAAUUCUGGAAAGUGGUGGUUCCCUUAAGAUGUAACCUCUAUUACAGGGUAAUUCACUAAAGUGUGAAUUGUUGGAAAUUUAAAAUGAAUUCAAAGUGGAAUUCACAUUUUAGACGAAAAUAGCCAAACUGAAAACAUAGCUGAUUAGGAAUAUUUCAACUUUAAUGAAUAACCCUAUACUAAUGAAUUUCAAGUUUGCAUGAUGUUUUAUAUUUCACCCUAUUCGUUUUGCAAUCAUAAUUAUAAAAAAGAUAAUUACCUACUAGGAAAAUUCCAAAUGAAAUGAACUCUAUCUUAUAAUAAUUUAAACCUUUGUAUUUAUUUUAGCUAAUAAGAAUGGUUACCAAAUGACUGGCGUUGAAAGAAUGAUGCUGAGAACUAUGGGUCAAUAUUAAAAUCACCAACAACAAAUACAUCAAAUUGUAGAUGACGUGGGCAGAAUCUGCUGCUAGUGAAGAAGUGUUUUUUUUUGCCAUUUGCUUUGUAAAUAUAGUGACUACUUGCAAAAUUAAAAAACAUUCAUGAAGCCCGUUUAUUAUUUUAGAAUAAUAUAGCAAAAUGAGAGGAAGGUUGCGCCAAUAAAAUUAUAAUAAAAGAAAUUACCAAUGGCAGAUGGAUACAAAAGAAUAAAAAACGAUUGUAAAAAAAGGCCAACAAUACUCAAUAAAAUGUCCAAAUAAAUGUGCAAUCUUGCAAUGGGAACAGCCAAAUCUUGUAGUCUCUUCUCUAUGGAUAUGCCAGAUCACGAAAUGCUUGGGAUCCAUAUCAAUAUACAAAAAAAAUUAGGAAAACCCAACAGUGUAGUAUAUCACAACAAUAUAUUGUUCUAAUAAUUCGUAGAUCAUAUGUAGUCCUACUCACAUUUUGUAGAGCUAAAACCAGCUCUAGUUUGAAUGGCGUACAAUGCUAUAAUAAUCCCCACUUAUAAGAUACAUG